CCAAUAGCAGCAAGAGUUCCGAUUUGCAUCCUUCAAACACAGGGCAUUGAGAUAUUUGAUAGCCUAGGUUUAUAAGAGCCCGCGGCCAUUAAACUAGCACAGAAUAGCUCUCGAACGUAACGAGGGUUUAGGGCUGUUCUAGUCAGUGGAAGAGCGUUCUAUUUUCUUUUUCUAACUUCGAGUAUCAGAAAGAAGUCAAAAUGGCCGCAGAAGAUCCUGAUCCAAGCCCUUAUCUCUACGUUUCUAUGGAACAGAAACGUAUUGAUCAAACUAAACCAUAUGAUGGCAAAAAGAUGGUAUGGGUAGUUGAUGAGAAAGAAGGAUAUGUUAUUGGUCUCAUUAAGGAAACCAAGGGAGACAUGUGUGUCGUCGAAAUCGAGAAACAAGAGAACCGCACCGUCAAGAAAGAUUUAUUGCAACAAGUCAAUCCACCAAAGUAUGAAAAAGCAGAAGAUAUGUCUAACUUGACAUACCUUAAUGAUGCUAGUGUAUUACAUAACUUGAAACAACGUUAUGUUGCUCAGCUUAUCUACACCUAUUCCGGGCUUUUCUGUGUUGCUAUUAACCCUUACAAGAGGUUCCCAAUUUACACUCAACGAUGUAUGGCACUGUACAGAGGCAAAAGGCGUACUGAAGUUCCUCCCCAUUUGUUUGCCAUUUCUGACAAUGCCUACACUGCUAUGUUAACAAAUCGUGAAAACCAGUCUAUGUUGAUUACCGGAGAGUCUGGUGCCGGAAAAACUGAGAACACGAAGAAAGUAAUUGCCUAUUACGCCAGUGUUGGCGCUUCAACAAAGAAGGGUGAAGCAAAGAAGGGACCAAGUUUAGAAGAUCAAGUCGUACAAACUAACCCUGUUCUUGAGGCCUUUGGUAACGCUAAAACUGUGAGGAAUGAUAACUCCUCUCGUUUCGGUAAAUUCAUCCGUAUCCAUUUCGGUCCCAUGGGCAAACUGGCUGGUGCUGAUAUUGAAACAUAUCUAUUGGAGAAAGCUCGUGUAAUUUCUCAACAAACUUUGGAACGUUCUUACCACAUUUUCUACCAAAUGAUGUCUGGAGGAGUUCCAAAUCUUAAGGAAAACUGUCUGUUGUCCGAUGACAUCUAUGACUACCAUUUCGUGUCUCAAGGUAAAGUAGAAAUUCCUGGAGUUGAUGAUGCUCAAGAAAUGCGAGACACAGAUACUGCCUUCGACAUCUUGGGCUUCAGUCAAUCUUACAAAGAUGAAAUCUACAAAAUUACCGCAGCUUGCAUGCACAUUGGUGAAAUGAAAUUCAAGCAAAGACCCAGAGAAGAACAGGCUGAGCCUGAUGGCACGGAAGAAGGUGAAAAGUUGGCUCACUUGUUGGGCAUUAAUGCAGGUGAUUUGUACAAGAACUUGUGCAAACCCAAGAUCAGGGUCGGUAACGAGAUGGUAACCAAAGGUCAAGGGAUGGUGCAAGUAACAUCCUCUCUUGGUGCUUUGGCAAAGGCUAUGUUUGACAGGACCUUCAAAUGGCUCGUAAAGAAGUUGAACGAGACUUUGGACACCCAACAAAAGAGACAGUACUUCAUUGGUGUACUCGAUAUUGCCGGUUUUGAAAUCUUCGACUACAACGGAUUCGAGCAACUUUGCAUCAACUUCACCAACGAAAAACUCCAGCAAUUCUUCAACCAUCACAUGUUUGUACUGGAACAAGAAGAGUACAAACGUGAAGGUAUUGACUGGGUCUUCAUUGACUUCGGUCUUGAUCUUGCCGCUUGCAUUGAGCUGAUCGAAAAGCCCUUGGGUAUCCUGUCCAUUCUUGAGGAGGAAAGUAUGUUCCCCAAAGCUACCGACAAGUCCUUCCAAGACAAGUUGAACGCUAACCACUUGGGCAAGUCUCCUAACUUCGUCAAGCCUAGACCACCUAAACCAGGUCAACAAGAAGCUCACUUCUCUAUUGCUCACUAUGCUGGCACUGUACCCUACAACAUAACCGGAUGGCUGGAAAAGAACAAGGAUCCAGUAAAUGACACUGUUGUCGAUCAAUUUAAGAAGGGCUCUAACAAACUUUUGGGUGAAAUCUUUGAGGAUCAUCCAGGUCUUGGUGGUGAUGACAAGGGUGCAGCUGGUGGUAAGGGAGGUGGCCGAAAGAAGGGUUCUGGUUUCCAGACUGUAUCUGGUCUCUACAGGGAGCAACUUAAUAGAUUGAUGGCCAGUUUGCACAGCACACAGCCUCACUUCGUACGUUGCAUUAUCCCCAACGAAAUGAAACAGCCAGGUGUUAUUGAUGCUGGCCUAGUAAUGCAUCAAUUGACAUGCAACGGUGUACUUGAGGGUAUCCGUAUCUGUCGUAAGGGUUUCCCCAACAGAAUGAUCUAUCCUGACUUCAAACAACGUUACACCAUCUUAGCUGCUAGCGCUGUACCCAAGGGAUUCGUCGAUGCUAAGAAAGUUUGCGAAGCCGUAUUGGAAGCUAUUCAACUGGACAAGAAUGACUACCGUCUUGGAAGCACUAAGGUAUUCUUCCGUGCUGGUGUCUUGGGUCGUCUUGAAGAACUUCGUGAUGACCGAUUGGCUAAGAUCGUAACUUGGUUGCAGGCCUGGGUCAGAUGGUACAUCUCCAAAAAGGAAUUCAAGAAGUUGCAGGAACAAAGAGUUGCCCUGCUUGUCAUUCAGCGCAAUCUUCGAAAGUUCCUUACACUUCGCAACUGGCUAUGGUACAAAUUGUACAUGAAAGUCAAGCCCCUUCUCAGCAUGGCUCGCGUCGAGGACGAGAUCAAGGAGUUGGAGGACAAGCUCAAGAAGGCUUUAGAUUCUCUAGAAAAGGAAGAAAAAUUGAGAAAAGAUUUAGAACAUCAAAAUGUAAAACUGUUGCAAGAAAAGAACGAUAUGUUCUUGCAAUUGGAAUCUGAAAGAACUGGAUCUGGAGAUAUGGAGGAGCGUCUUGCUAAGACCAUUUCCAUCAAGAAUGAUCUGGAAGGACAACUCCAGGAACUUCAAGAGAGGUUAUCUCACGAAGAAGAUGCCCAUUCUAACUUGAACCAAAAUAAAAAGAAAUUAGAAGGCGAGAUGUCAAAUCUGAAGAAAGAAAUCGAAGAUUUGCAGCUCGUUAUCCAAAAGGCUGAGCAAGACAAAGCUUCUAAGGACCAUCAAAUUCGCAACUUGAACGACGAAAUUGCUCAUCAAGAUGAACUCAUCAACAAAUUGAACAGGGAAAAGAAACAACUGCAAGAAAUGAGCCAGAAAACCGGAGAAGAUCUCCAGGCCACCGAAGAUAAACUGAACCACAUGAACAAAGUGAAAGCCAAGUUGGAAUCCACCUUAGAUGAGUUGGAAGACUCAUUGAGCCGAGAAAAGAAACUUCGUGGUGAUGUUGAAAAGAAUAAGAGGAAAAUCGAGGGAGACCUUAAACUUGCCCAAGAAGCUAUCGCUGAUCUCGAGAAGAACAAGAAAGAAAUUGAACAGGCUCUGCAAAGGAAAGAGAAGGAGAUGGCUAGCUUGGCUGCUAAGUUGGAAGAUGAGCAAAGUCUUGUUGGAAAACUCCAGAAACAGAUCAAGGAGCUUCAGGCCAGAAUUGAAGAAUUGGAAGAGGAGUUGGAAGCUGAAAGACAAGCAAGAGCCAAGGCUGAAAAACAACGUGCUGAGUUGGCUCGUGAAAUUAGUGAACUUAGCGAACGAUUGGAAGAAGCUGGUGGUGCCACCUCUGCUCAGGUUGAGUUGAACAAAAGGCGAGAAGCCGAAAUGGCCAAGCUGAGACGAGACUUGGAAGAAUCAAACUUACAACACGAACAAACUCUAACGAACUUGAGGAAGAAACACAACGAUGUUGUUGGCGAGCUUAGUGAACAAAUUGACCAACUGAACAAACACAAGGCCAGGUUAGAAAAAGAGAAAGCACAAAUGAAAGGAGAACUUGACGAUGUUCGAUCUAGCGUGGACCAUGUUAACAAAGAAAAGGCAAAUGCUGAGAAACAAGCUAAGCAAUUGGAAAUGCAACUGGGAGAACUCCAAGGCAAGAUGGACGAGGCCCACAGGUCAUUGGGAGAUCUUGAUGCUGCUAAGAAGCGACUCACUGUUGAAAACAGUGAAUUCCAAAGACAAUUGGAAGAAGCCGAAUCUCAGAUUAGCCAACUUAGCAAACUCAAGAUGUCUCUGCAAACUCAACUCGAUGACGUCAAACGCAUGGCUGAUGAAGAAAGCAGGGAAAGAGCAACUGCAAUGGGCAAAUUCCGAAGUGUGGAACAUGAUCUUGAUAGCUUCCGAGAACAACUUGAAGAGGAACAAGAAGGCAAAGCUGACCUCCAGAGGCAACUGAGCAAAGCCAACGCUGAAGUUCAAUUAUGGAGAUCCAAAUACGAAAGUGAGGGUCUUGCCCGAUUGGAAGAACUUGAAGAAUCAAAGAGGAAACUCGAUGCCAAACUUCAAGAAGCCAUGGAAACUAUUGACCAACUCAAUGCCAGAUGCAGUGGUCUUGAAAAGACCAAGUCCCGACUACAAGGUGAACUUGAAGACAUGACCAUCGAAGUUGAGAAGGCCAACUCUCUCGCAUCUGCUAUGGAGAAGAAACAGAAAUCAUUCGAUAGAAUUGUUGCUGAAUGGAAACAGAAGGUCGAUGAUUUGGCUGCUGAAUUAGAUGCUUCCCAAAAAGAAUGCAGGAACUAUUCCACUGAAGUAUUCAAGCUCCGAUCUCAAUAUGAAGAAAGUCAAGAACAUUACGAAUCCGUCAAGAGGGAGAACAAGAACCUUCAAGAUGAAAUCAAGGACCUUGUUGACCAACUUGGUGAGGGUGGAAGGAGCGUCCAUGAAUUGGAAAAGGCCAGGAAAAGGUUGGAAAUGGAAAAAGAAGAACUUCAAGCUGCUUUGGAAGAAGCUGAGGCUGCUCUUGAACAAGAAGAAAACAAAGUACUUCGCGCACAGCUUGAGCUUUCUCAAGUCAGACAAGAGAUUGACAGGCGACUCCAGGAGAAGGAAGAAGAAUUUGAAAACACAAGGAAGAACCACCAACGUGCCAUUGAUUCCAUGCAGGCCAGCUUAGAGGCUGAGGCUAAGGGCAAGGCUGAAGCUCUUAGAAUGAAGAAGAAGCUUGAAAGUGACAUCAACACUCUUGAGAUUGCUUUGGAUCACGCCAACAAGGCCAACGCCGAAGCACAAAAGAACAUUAAGAAAUACCAAAUCCAACUUAAAGAAAUCCAACAAGCUCUUGAAGAAGAACAGAGAGCACGAGAUGAAGUUCGUGAGCAAUACGCCAUGUCUGAAAGACGAUGCAACGCCAUGCACGGAGAACUGGAAGAAAGCAGGCAGUUAUUGGAACAGGCUGACCGUGCUCGACGUGCAGCUGACAGCGAACUUGCCGAACUACACGAAAAUGUUAACGAACUAUCUGCUCAAAACUCAUCUCUUAACAUGGCCAAGAGGAAACUGGAAGGAGAAAUGCAGGCUCUGCAUGCUGAUUUGGAUGAAAUGUUGAAUGAAGCCAAAUCCUCAGAAGAGAAGGCAAAGAAGGCAAUGGUUGAUGCCGCUCGUCUUGCCGAUGAAUUGAGAGCUGAACAAGAACACGCCCAACAACAAGAAAAGAUGCGCAAGGCUAUGGAAGCACAAAUUAAGGAACUCCAAGUCCGCCUUGAUGAAGCUGAAGCUGCUGCAUUGAAGGGUGGCAAGAAAAUCAUCCAAAAACUUGAACAGAAGGUUCGAGAACUCGAAACUGAGUUGGACAAUGAACAGCGACGUCAUUCUGAAGCAGCUAAGAACGUAAGGAAAUCUGAGAGACGCGUGAAAGAACUGCAAUUCCAAGCCGAUGAGGACCGCAAGAACCAUGAGCGUAUGCAGGACCUUGUCGACAAACUCCAGCAGAAGAUUAAGACAUACAAGAGACAGAUUGAGGAAGCCGAAGAAAUCGCUGCUCUCAAUUUGGCCAAAUUCCGUAAAGUACAACAAGAGUUGGAAGAUGCUGAAGAGCGCUGUGAUCUAGCAGAAAAUGCAGUUGCAAAACUGAGAGCCAAGAACCGAAGCUCAGCAUCAGUGGGACGUGCCGCUAGCCCAGUUCCGUCAACUGUUCAUCUCCUCUCAAAACCUUCAAAUUUUACCCCAGAAAAUCUUUUUGUGCCUGCCUCAACAGUGCAUUCUGCCUUUGCCGCCACUCCCCAAUCCGUCAUCAGUGUUGACGAACAGAUCGAAUAAAAGAAAAAGAGGAACAUAGAAAAGAAAACGCGCUCUUCCACAACAGCCAAACAGCAUCGCGCUUCCAAAUACUUCUCAUUUUUGUGGACUUUUAGGGGACAGAAUCAUUAGAAAUAGUGCUUGAUAUAUCACGGAAUGAAUUGCAAGAAGACAAAGGACUUCCACUAAUUAAAGCCAUUAAAUGUUUAUAUAGCUUGCGAGAUGCCCUCAGAGACAAGAAGUAUUUGUAAAGCAUGUGCUCUUGUAUGUUUUUAUGUUAUAUGUUGUUAAGUUGUCCACCCCCGAUUCGAUGUCUUUCUGCCUUGUGAGGAGAUUGUGUAAGGGAAAACCCUCGUCCAUCAUAAGAUCUGUACUUUAAUUGUUUUCGAGAUAAUUUGUUGAAAAAUAAAUGUUAUACACUUUCA